GUUAGUUUGACUUGCAUAUCGUAAUCGCGUUGUUGAACAAGCGUUUUUUCGUGACCAAUUUCCAUUGAAACGACAAUUUCUUCUUUUCAAACUAUCGAUCGACAUCGGUUACUAUAUCUGAUACAGGAAGAGGCUAGUUUUUGAGAUAAGUACAAGUUGUACUUGCUGUACUUAAACUCUGAACUUCCAGUUCGAGGCCCAGCAGAGAGCUCGAGCGGCGGCUCCGAAAAGUUUGUUGUUGUCACGUGACGUGAGACGAAUGUGGCGAUAAAAGUUUGUUUAGGUAGUAAUACUAGGUGGCGUACUACAUUAUCAAAACCCAUUGAACACCGUUUUCACUACAAUGCCUCAACCAAAACAUCGAAAGAUUGCCGUUAUAGGUUACAGGUCUGUAGGAAAGUCAUCUCUUACAAUACAGUUUGUGGAAGGACAGUUUGUUGACUCCUAUGACCCCACGAUUGAAAACACCUUUAACAAAUUGGUCAGCGUGAAUAGUCAAGACUUCAAUCUUCAGCUGGUUGAUACAGCUGGACAAGAUGAGUACUCAAUUUUUCACCAAUCCCACUCAAUGGACAUCCAUGGGUAUGUCCUUGUCUAUUCAGUGACUUCCCUGAAAAGUUUUGAAGUUGUGCAGGUUCUACAUGACAAGCUGCUUGACAUGGUUGGGAAGAUUCAGGUCCCAACUGUUCUUGUAGGGAACAAAAAAGAUCUCCACAUGGAAAGGGUUAUCAAGCCAGAAGAAGGAAAGAAACUUGCUGAUUCCUGGGGUGCUGCAUUCAUGGAGUCCUCAGCCAAGGAGAAUGAGACUGCUGUGGAGGUUUUCAAGCGUAUCAUUUUGGAGAUGGAGAAAGCUGAUGGAAAUGCACCCCCAGAGGAGAAGAAGUGCGCGAUGAUGUAAAAGUGUAUCCAGGACAUCAGUAAGCUCAUUUGCUGAAGACAGGAGGCACAACGUUACCAGCUUGCCAAUUGCGACCUCACCGACACCAAGACACUGCAGUGGAACUUUUCUGCUCCAUUGUGAUACCAGAUUGAUUUAUAUAGCAAGGCAACUGUCCAGACAGUUGAUAAACUAUUCCACCAAUUGUAACCACAGGGAGAAGUUUCUAAGGGCAAGAUUAUGACCAAGACAAAGAAGCACCGUCGGUGAACACUUUCUUUAAGUAUUGAAAUGAAAUUUAUUACUGGAAAACAAAUAAUAUCGCCAGAUAUAUUGGUCCCAGUGAGUUGCAUCCAAGUUUUUUCAAGAACAUAUUAUGGUAUUAACUACUUGUGAAUCUGAUGUCAGAGACAACAUUGGCUUAUGUCUCACAAUAACUUUGAGUAGUUGAAUUAAUGCACAGUGAGGGUUUGAUAAUAAUCUUUUUAGGGACUGGUAUGAUUUCAGCAGGUCUUUUUUGAACAGUGAUGGAUAGUCACAGUACACAUUGCUUUAAAUGUGGUGUUAAAAUGUCAGUAUUUCUCACAACUGGUGGUUUUCCUUGAACAUCCUGGAAUGAGAUUUCAUACAAGAAAUUUCUCUGCUUUCACAGUUCUUCUCACUGUAAUUUUUCUCAACUCAUCUUGAGGUACCUUUCACCAUUGACCUCUUGAGCUGUGUCUUCACGAUGGAGGAAUCUAUAUGUACAUCUAAAACUCAUAUUUUAAGAUCUUGUGCUAAGCAGACAAGUCCUCUUCCAUUGUUUCUACAGUUUAAUUUCUUCUUAUUGACUGUAAUAAAGAUGUUAUCGUACAGACAACCCUCAGAGAAAUUUAGUAUAGAUAUGAAUAGGUCUUUAAUAUUUACCAGUAAUGGCCUUUUUAUACAAUGUAAAUAGAAUCUUAGAAAUUGGUUUGGUACUAUUGGUUAUAUCUUGAGUGAUACAGGUUUGCUCUCCCUUCAAUAUUCUCAGAGUGUGCGGUUGUAAGUGCGUAAUAAUUAUGACCAUUGUGGAGUUGCAAUUUUUUAAUUGCAUUUUAACACUGCGUAAGACUUUAAUUGGCCGAUGGCCACAGAGAUAGCUUAGUAAUUUUGGAGCUCAUGGUGUUGAUUUGAUGGGUCUUGCAAACUUCAUAAAACCAAGCCAGGAUGGCAUGUAGUCCGUUUAAUUCAUAUUGUGGACUUGCAUGAUCACUGUUAGAUGCUUGAGACCCUUAAUGACUUGUUUUUAUUAGAUCAUGUAGCCCUACAAAGACAUGACACAAUGUGGACUUUUCUCCCGCAACCCUCAUGUUGGACCUGUAGUGGUAUUUGUAACUUUUUAUCAAGUGCUUUGCUGCGUAAGUAGUUGAUUGAUGAUGGUUGAAGAGAAGCUGGUGAUGCUGUGUCUUGUGCCUUACAGUUCUUCAAACUUCCUCAUCUGCUUCCCUUCAUGACUCAAGGUGCUCUUUAAGGGUUUUUUUUUCUCCUUCUGUUGACUUGAUACCAUGGUGCAAGUGGUGUUGUGCACCUGAACACCAGUAUCCCCUUGUGGGUCAAUGUUGAUUCAGAAAUCUUGCUGUAAACAGUUUUGUAUAUAAAUAAAUCUGUUACUCAUUUGA